AUGCCCUCCUCCCGGGACCUGUCCCCCGUGGGCAAACACCGGCGUCCAAGGCGUGAGGACAUCCACAGCCCGCUUCUGGGAGGGGUGACCACCCACCGCCCUCCACGGUGCCCCUGCCAGCACCCCCACCCCUUCCUGGCUCCUCCCUCCCUCAUGGCCCCGAGUGCCGGGGGUCUUCAGGCCCCUUCAGGAGCUGUCCUCCGGGGGCCGUCUGUAAGCGCCGGGGUCACUGCCCUGCCCGCGGGGGGCUCUUCUCAAACCGUUCCUUCCCUCAGCCUCCCAGUCUUAACGCUCAGCUACCCUGCCCGCCUCACCGUCCGCGCUGCAGACGCGGGCGCCCUUCCUGGCGCCCCGCGCCAGCCUCCAGCCGGCCCCCAAACUCUCCCCCUCGCCCCCCUCUCAGCCCACGCCCGCACUGCGAAAUGCCCACUUCGGGCAACAGCCUCCGUCCACGCCAAGCUGGCCCUGACCCUCAGCGCCACCUCAGAGCCCCGCGUGCGCCAGGCCCGCCUGGAGGCCCCGAUGCGGCUCCUGGCCGCCUUGGGGACACACAUCCCCCUCCCCCGGACACCUGAGCUGCCGUGGCCCCGGGUCCACCCGCCUGCAGGCCGCUCUGCAGCACCCUGGGCUGAACCGGGCCUCCCCGGUCGUGUCCCGCGUGGCCUGCGCCCCUGUCCUAGGGCCCCUCAGAGGCUGACUGCGCCCGCGGGCCGCGAGCAGAGCCGCCUGGUUCAGGCCCACCCCCAUCCCCCGACCCUGGCACUGGUGUUAACCCUGAAACGGCAUCCUGACGCCUGCAUCCCCCCCCAGUGA